AUGGCCGCCACAAGCAUCAACAGUGGCUCUCCCUACACCACCCUGACGGCCACGUUCCUCUCGUGGAAGGCCGUCCUGUUCGCCAUCGCUGCCGGCAGCCGCGUGGGCCCGACCUACGACACCUCCUCGAGCCUCCUCGUCCCCGGCAGCCCGCCAACCUUGCUCACGCGGCUGUCCUCUUGGGAUGCCAUCUACUUCCUCAAGGCCGCCCAGAGAGGCUACCUUUUCGAGCAGGAGUGGGCCUUUGGGUCCGCCUUGCCCAACUGCAUCUCCCUCAUCAUCCGAGCCUCAGCCCUACGGAUCCCUCGGUUCGGCCUGCUCACUGCCCCCGACCCUAGCACUCACGUUGAGGCUCUGGUCGCCGUCAUCUUCUCCAACGCCUGCCACCUGCUGUCCGUACUGGUCCUCUACCAGCUGGGCUUGCACAUCUGGAGGGAUUCGAGAUGGGCACUUGCUGCUGCCCUGCUGCACGUGCUGUCCCCGGCCGGCCUGUUCCUGUCCGCCCCCUACGCUGAGAGCGCCUGCUCCCUGCUGUCCUUCACCGGCUGGCUGCUCCUGGUCAAGAGCUGCAUCAGGACUGGCACAUCUGUUUCAUCGCUUCCUCGAGACGCCUUGACCCUACUCGCCGGCCUUAUCUUUGGCCUCGCCACCUAUUUCCGUACCAAUGGCCUACUCAACGGCGCCCCGCUGGCCUUCGACUUUCUCUCGACCUUCUAUCAACUGACGGAGGAUCUCGAUCACAGCAAGACCCCCGAUUACCUCCGGAGGCUGGUUGUCCUCGGCAUCGCCGGCCUGUCUGUCGCUGCCGGCUCCGUCGUCCCUCAGUAUCUUGCUUACCAGACUUACUGCUCCACCGCUUCCGCGCCUUCCGAAGCGAGGCCAUGGUGUACCCACCUCGUGCCCAGCAUCUUCAACUAUGUCCAAAGCCAGUAUUGGAACACCGGUUUUUUCCGCUACUGGACGCUGUCCAAUGCCCCACUCUUCGCCCUUGCAGCUCCCAUGCUCUUCGUCAUGGGCAAAGGCGGGAAAGAUCUUUUCUUCCAGGGCUCCAGGAUCUCCAGGGGCCACGGGUCGGCCUCGGGCCUUGACAGCUCCCGCCUUGUCUUGGUGGUGAGGUCCAUGGUCUUUGCUCAGGUCUCGCUCGUCGCCCUGGCCUUUACGAGCUAUCACGUCCAGAUCAUCACCCGCCUGUCCUCAGGCUACCCGGCCUGGUAUUGGUGGCUUGCGGCCUGCCUUAGGAGCCCUAAGACGAGGAACAUGGGCAGCGGGCUUGUGGUCUUCAUGAUCAUGUAUGCUUCCAUACAGGCCGUGUUGUUUGCUUCCUUCUUGCCUCCAGCUUGA